AUGCCUAACUACUCUCCGUCCUCCGCGUCGGCCAUUGUCGCCGAUGCAGUGCCCGGGUCGCACGUCCUCAAGAUCGAGGGGUACUCCCUAACCAAGGGGCUCGGUACCGGCGAAUUCGUCAGAUCCGAGAACUUUGUCAUCGCAGGCCAUCGCUGGCAUAUCAAGUACUUCCCCGAUGGUGUGGUUUCGGACGACGCCGACUGGAUUGCCAUCUUCGUGCAACGUGAUGAUGACACCGAUGGUAAGGACAUAAUGGCGAGACUCUGGAUCAGCUUACUUAACCACGAUGGAGAAUCUGUGCCAUCGCACGACAUGAUAAGUUCUCAGUUUGAAAAAUAUUCUCCGAAAACUGCACGAGGAUGUAACAAAUUCCUGAAAAGGAAAGAUUUGGAGGAGUCAAGGUAUCUCAAGGACGAUUGUUUCAGUAUCAGGUGCCAUGUCACCGUCAGGAAUGAGAUCCGCACCUUCAAGACGCACUCAGGGGCCAUGCCGUUGGUCGCCGUGCCGCCGUCCAACUUGCACCGGCACCUGCUCGGCCUCCUGACGAGCGGAAAGGGAGGGGACAUACUUUUCGAGGUGGGUGGUGAAACGUUCGCCGCGCAUAGGUACAUCGUCGCUGCUCGGUCCCCGGUCUUCAUGGCGGAGCUGUUGGGUCCUAUGAAAGAGAAGGCGGCAACCUGCAUACGGAUCGAUGGCAUGGAAGCCAAAUUCUUCAAGGCGAUGCUUCACUUCAUCUAUACCGACUUGUUGCCUGAUAUCGAUGAGGACGAAAUUGUGGGGAUGGCACAACAUUUACUUGUCGCCGCGGACAGGUAUAACCUGGAGAGGCUGAAGUUGAUGUGCGAAGAGACGUUGUGCAAGUCCAUCAACAAAGACACGGCGGCAACUACAUUGGCCUUGGCUGAACAGCAUGGUUGUGAUGGUCUUAAGAAGGCAUGCUUCGAGUUCCUCGCUUCUGUUGACAACCUCAAGGCAGUCAUGACAAGCGAUGGCUUUGCACAUUUGAAGAGCAGCUGUCCCUCCAUCCUAGAGGUGCUGGUCACCAAUCUUUCUCGCUGA